AAAAACAAGGCGGCGAUUCGUGCCGAAGGUCAUGCCUCAGAUUUUCGAGGUUUUAGGCAUUAUUGUCAUGAAUUUAGUACAAUUCUAUUCCAUUUUCGACAUAUAUUAUACAUCUCCACUUACAAACGGUAUGAAUAUCGUCCCGUUGAAUAUUAGUGCUCCCACGACUCACGUCAUUUUCAUGGUUUCUGAUGGGCUUCGAGCAGACAAAAUAUUCAGUCAAGAUAUGGAAUACACUCCUUUUUUAAGAGAUGUCCUCCUACACCGUGGUUUGUGGGGCGUUUCGCAUACAAGAGUCCCAACUGAGUCGAGACCUGCACAUGUGGCUAUGUUGGGAGGAUUCAACGAAGAUGUGGCUUCUAUAACUAAAGGAUGGAAAACGAAUCCUGUGGAAUUCGAUUCUGUACUAAACCGUUCUUUCCUAGCCUGGAUAUGGGGUUACAAAGAAGUUGUCAUGUCAUUUGUUCCUCCUUCUACAAAUCAUGUUAAAGCCACUCCUUGUCCUGAUGAAUUAAGUGACCUGGCUAAAACAAAUCCGACUGAAAUCGAUCGAUGGGUUGUCAAUCAGUUUCUGGUAUGUUACUUUUGGAUUCUUUUCCCAGUGAAUGAAAGGACAGGGUAUCUGAGCACGUAUCAGUUCACUAGACGCUACAGGCUGAAUUCUCCAUAUAUAAGUAUUCAUUAAUAUGAAGCAAUGUGUAACGGCUAUUUCGUUUAUUGAUUUUAAGUUUACUGUCUUAUUUUUAGCGUUUGUUUUAGCCUCACUAACCAAAAUAUAUCAAUCUUUUACACCUAAUCCAAUUAUUGAUUGGGAAUUUAGGCUAUUUACGGUGGGUGAGAAGCUUUAGGUUCAAGUGACUAUUUUAUACUUUAAUUCGUAUUGUCAUUUUAUGUAAAGGAGAUUUAAUGAAUAAAGCAUUUUGGUUUUGUUUGACCAUAUGAUUUAGGUAGAAUAUUUCGUUAUACAUUGACCUAAGAGUUCCAUAUGUUUCCAGAUUAUUAGAAAAACCAGGGCUAGAGGAUGCGUUAAGCGGAGUAGUGAAAUAAACGAAAUCCUCGUGACCGAAAAAUCUGGAGAACACCCAAGCACUGAACUUAAACUGUCCAUAUACUACUAGAAAAUAAUAAAAAGGGAACGGUAACAGGAAGUUCUUAUCACCAACAAGAAAAGAUCAAAGUCGACAUAAAAACGUUCUUCUAUGAAGUUUGUUUACUUGAAUAUUUUGGAUUAUAUCUAAUGGUCAAAUAAUUAGUGAACUCAUUAGAAGCAUGAAAUAUAUAAAGUCCAAAAUACACCGGCUCAUAGUGAUAAAAGUAGUUAUGCUCCACAUUGCUGUUUUGCAGUAUUACAGAAUAUUUUCAUGAUAUCUUGAAAUAAUACGAGAUCUAAUCUAGGUAGACUGAUCAUAGCGUACUAAAUUGCUUUUAGUUGACAUGUCUUUAUUUCUCACUUAAUCGUAGACAGUCGUAAGCGUACAAACGAGUAUUUAGUUCUCGUCUAUGUGUUUUCUCAGUUUUUGUCUGUUUCAGUGUGUUCAUAGUCGAGCAGUCACAGUUUAAGACUAAAUUUCCGCUCAUUUAUUGCAAAAUAUAUCCAGUUCAAGCAGCUACAAAUACUUUGUAUAUAUUUGUAGGAUUUCGUUGAUUAUUCGGGUGACUUUUUUGAUAACCUUAAUGCAACAUCUAGUGACUACCGUCAAGGUCGAAUGAUAUUCUUACACUUGGAUGCAGCUGAUAUGGUUGGUCAUUCUUUUAAACCUGAUUCACAUGAAUACACUCAAGUUCUUCAUAAUUUGGACAAUAUAGUCUUUCAAGUUUAUCACAAGUUAACUGAAAAGUCUCGUGGAACUGAUUCACGUAUCGCUUAUAUCUUAACUUCUGAUCAUGGAAUGACUGAAUGGGGAAGUCAUGGGGCCGGUUCUUUUCACGAAACAGUAACACCCUUGUUAAUCUGGGGUUCUGGUAUUGUUGAUCCAGUGGAAAUAGAGACCAAUGUGAAUAAUUUAUCGGAGGAUAAAAUAGACAUGUAUGGUUUACCACUACAUAACUAUGGACGUCUUCGACGUGAAAUUCAACAGGCUGAUUUAUGCCCAUUAAUGGCUAGUCUUUUGGGUAUCCCAAUCCCAGUCAAUUCUAUAGGUCAGGUUCCUGUUGAAUUUUUGAAGAUUCCUGAAUAUGAUAAAGCGAAGUUAACACGAGCGAACUGGCUUCAAAUAUAUGGGCAACUUAAGAUUAAGUACGCUGAAAAAAAGAAAUCUCACUUCAGUAUUUUGUUCCGAGAAUUCCCAUCUUUAAAAAUGUCAGAUAUUAAUAAUAUGGAAAAUGCUUGUGAAUCUCUUAUUUCUUCUGGAAAAUAUCAUGAAGCAAUUCAAAAGUAUAAACACUUAACCAGUUUGGCUUUAAACGGACUGAACUAUUAUCAUAAAUACGAUAGAUUAUACUUAGGAUUUUGUGUAUCAUCAACAUUCUGCUUAUGGAGUUUAGUGAUACUUUGUCGUUUAUUUAAUCGAAGUGAUCAUGUAGAGUGUAAAAACUAUCAAAGUUAUUUAAAUAGUUUCUAUUGGACGUUGAUUAAUUGUAUUGUGAUUGGAUUCGGCCUAUUAGUUUUAACUUUUGCUAAUUCUUGGUCAUUGGGACCUACUGUAUAUCAACUGGUUCCACUCAUUCUAGUGUUAUCAUUAAACUAUUCAAGAACUCGACGGAAACAACUAUUAACCAUGAUUAAUUAUUUAUGGAAUGGAUUGUUCUCGACAGACUAUGGAGUUUCAUCUUUUUAUACCGUUUGUUCAAUUACAUUUGCUUCUAUUUGUUUACUUGAAAUGCUUAUCUGGGGAUUUUUUCAUCGUUAUCUACUAUCUUUGGCAUGUUUAUUGUUUGCUUUAUGGCCUUACAUAGAUGGGUCGUUUAGACCACAUAAAAAGUCAAUUCUUUCUCUGUGGCACAUUUCGUGUUGUGGUUUGGCUAUAUUUCCUCUAUUACCUGCCAUUGGAUCAAAUAUGUAUCCAACAAUUGUAUUUUUAACUGGUCUUAUUCUUGCACCAAUGUCAAUUAUAUCCUUUCGGUUUGUAUCAAGUUCCCGAAAUUAUCUUUUUAUAUGGCUUGGUUAUCUGUUCGGUUUUGUAAUUUGUCUUUCAAGUUUUGCUGUUUAUGCAAUGAGUUUCUCAGUGAUACGUACUGGGAUAUUGAAGAUUAUUAUUCAUAUAUUUAGUUGGUCUGUAAUUAUACUUCUACCGGUGUCAGUUGUCCUUCUAGUUCCAACACGUCUUGGACCUCGAAUGAUUGGAUGGACAAUCGUUUACCUUGUUCCACUUUUACUAAUGAGCACUUAUUAUGAAGUUUCAUUCUUUGCUGUAUUCGCUGUAGUCACCUAUCUAUGGUUUUAUAUAGAAACGAAAACACUAAUUUUAAAGGAUAAUAUCAGGGUUUGGGAUCUUGAGACAUCAACUGACGACAGCAUUCAUUCAGCUAUUCAGAAUCAAUAUCCGUGCAGUGAAAGUCCGUUAAACCUGAAGAGAUUUCGUCAAUCACUUUUCUUUAUAUUUCUUUUGAUAAUUGGAUUUUUUGGUACCGGGAAUAUUGCUAGUAUAAACAGUUUUGACCCACGUUCAACAUUUUGCUUCACAACAAUAUUAAAUCCUGCCCUGAUGGCGAUUCUUUUGCUAAUUAAGGUAAUGUGUCCUAUGCUCUUUUUGGGUGUGAUCUAUGCAGCUAUCCAGUUGCAUAAUGGCAAUUACUCAUCGUCUAUCAACAAUCAAAAAUCGAAAAGAGGAUAUCAUUCUAUUUUAGCGCAAACUGGUGUGACUGCAGUACUAUCUAACCUAAUAGCUAUCCACUUUUUUGUUUGGUUGAAAGAUGAAGGUAGUUGGUUAGAUAUAGGGACUAGUAUUAGUCAUUACGUUAUUGCUAUGUCUAUUAGUCUAGCUGGAUUUCUUUUCACAUUAUUGGGAAAGGAAAUGUUAAGUUUUUCAGUGAGUUCUAACAUACAUCAAAAGCUGUUGAAAGUAUCUAAUAAGUAUGUAUAAUAACUACCUUUCUGAUUAUAUGUUGUAAUUAUCCUUUAACGUGUUGAACUUUAGUUACGUUUUGUUUGACUUUUCAUUGUACAUGGAAAGCUACUUAAAUCUAAAAUAAAAGUGAUAUUAAUAGACAAAUGUUCUAGUCAAUUCAAUGUCCUUAAUUGUAAAGAUAUACCUUACGUUAUACGAUAUGAUCAAUGACAGAGGAGGGAAUAAAUACGUUAAUGAGUAAGUAAUGUAUAAUAGAAAUUAAUAAUCCGACUGAACAAGCAGAUAUAGG